AGUGACUGGUAAACCAUGUCCACAUGCAUUGACUGUGAUAACUAGCAUGAGGCAGCCUGACAUGGGUUCUUUUGUGGACAACUACUAUUCAGUGGCCAAGUUUCAAGCAGCUUAUGCAGGCAUUAUUCCUAGCAUCACUGACAGGAAUCAAUGGCCUGAAGUUGACAAGGGGUUUACACUGCACCCUCCUAUCCAGAAAAAGAAAGAGCCAGGAAGGAUGAGGAAAAAUAGGAUCAAACCAGCCAGUGAGAGAUCAGGCAAAGCAACUAGGCAAGUCAGGUGCCCUAACUGUCUUGAGUAUGGUCACAGAGCUACUAGCUGGAAGUGUCACCUGACUGGAACAAAAAAAGGAAGAAACCUAAGAAGAAGAAUCCUGCCAAGCCUGGGAGGAAAAAGAAGUCCAAGCCAAUUGCUGCUGAUGCUACUGAACAGCCAACUCCAAGGACUAGAGGAGCACUGGCAAGGGAAGCUGCUGCAAAAGCAAAGAGAGAUGCAGAAGAAGCAGAAUUGAAGGCAGCAGCAGCAAGGGAAGCAGCAGAAGCAGCAGCAAGGGAAGAG